UCUCAGUUGUUUCCAUUAUAGAUUGUCAGUGGGAACGUCUGCAAAAAAGCUACAGCUAUGGAUGAUCCUAUUUUUGACAAGACUCCAAAAUCUAAUGCUCCCACAACAGACAAGCCUGCUGAUCCUAAGUUAACACCAAAAAUAAAUAGUGAAGGACAAAAAUCUGUUACACAUGAUACUCCUGUAUCUGGUGCACCUCUGUUUGAUAAAACCCCAUUGACAGAUGCAACUACUGACCUGGUUGCAAAGGAUAGUUCAUGUAAAGACGCAGUCGCUGAACAUCCCCACGUGUCACGUGAAGACUGUGCUCGCAACCUGCUUAAGUUCAUUUUGUCAGGACAACUAGAUCCGAGCAUGUCUAUCAUUAAUUUUGGAGGAUUUGGAGGGUCUGUACUUGAUGUUGUCGAGUCGUUUGGUCCCAACAAAUGUCUUGAGAAUACUUUCAUGCAGGGAUUUAUCGACUGUAUUCGUCAGGAUGAUGUAUUAUACAAUCCAGAUUCUGUAAUCAACACUCUUAUACUGAACGUCAACGUUGGGUGUACUUUUGGUUACUAG